AUGAACCAAAUGUGUAAGGUCUGUGACGAGCCAGCUGCUGGAUUUCAUUUCGGUGCUUUCACGUGCGAGGGUUGCAAGUCAUUCUUCGGUCGUACGUACAAUAACCUGGGUAGUAUUUCGGAAUGCAAGAACGGAGGAAAUUGCGUGAUCAAUAAGAAAAAUCGUACGUCAUGCAAGGCCUGCAGAUUGAAGAAAUGUUUGAUGGUUGGUAUGUCGAAGUCAGGUUCGCGUUACGGUAGGCGUUCCAAUUGGUUCAAGAUCCACUGCCUACUUCAGAAUGGGACUAACUCUAACCAGAGUAACGAUGUUGCAUCCUCCGCCCUAUCCCCGUUUGGAUCUGCCUUCCUUCCGGGAUUCUUACAACAACCUCAAGGUCAGCAGGCUGCUGCCGCUGCUGCUGUUGCUGCUGCUGCCUCCGUUUAUGGGUCUAAGGACGUCAAGGAUUCUCCUCCUGAUCAAUCGAGACAAUUUCCUGAACAAAUCAAAUCACCUCAUCCGGAUGACAUUGCUUUGCACGCACAAUUGCAUAUGUUAAAUUGGCAAAGAGAUAACGAUAGGACAUAUCCUAAUGGUCAACAACAACAACAACAGGCAUCUUCGGAACCAUCGAGGGAUGCAUUGUCACCCUCUUCGCGUAAACGAAGAAACAUCGAAUCACAACAAGAACAAGAACAAGAAGAGAUGCAACAACAACAUCAUCAUCAUCAUCAUCAGCAUCAACAACAACAACAACAAGUGUUGCAACCAACUUCUUCGCCAAAUUAUUCGCUGAAUUAUAUGCAAUCGGCGGAUGUAGUACCUAGUAGUGUACCUGAAGUUUUUCGGCCAUUCUUAUCGAACUGCAAAACGUUAUCGGAACCGGCAAGUGAUUGCGGUAGCUCCCCGAACGAUAAUGGAACCGAUAGACUUCAAGAUGGCGAAUCUAGAUGCAAUUCUGCCAUGAGUUAUUCCAAUUCCAAGAGAACAUCACCCGAUCAAUAUUUUCCAGCUAGAAAAAUCAACGCAACUGUAACACUCACCACUGCUGGUUAUUUUUCUUAUCCUCCAUUAGGACUUAUUUAUCCUCAAGCAAAUUUGGUAACACCGGCAACGGCAUUACGUACUCAACGUGGCGGUGACGUUCCUCUCGCAAUUCCCUGCAUUGGUGGAUUAGCUGUCGAACAGAAAGAACCUAUCGAUCUUAGUAUUAGGUCUAGUCGGAGUUCAACUAGAUCUAAUAAUAAUCUUACGGAAAAUGAGGACAACGAUGACGACGAUGAUAACGAAUCCAAUGAAAAAGAUGACAGUUCGAAUAGCGAUAGUUCAAUUAACGGGGAAACUAAAAGAAAAGGAAAACCUUUGGAUUUAACAUUGACGGUUAAAAGCUCCUCGUUAUCGUUUAUGCUUUAAGGAACAUUUUUAUAAAUCUUAAAAACUCAGAUGGGUAGGCUCUGGUCUUGAAAUAAUAUAAUAUGUGUUCAUUAUUUGUACAAUGGAACUUCCAGUAUUUAACGAUUCUAGUGUUUUUCCAUGAUCCCCAUUAUCUAAAUGCAUUAUUAUUCAAACGUUCUGUGUAACAGUGGUUCUCAAACUUUUCAUAUUCUAAGCCCCCUUUAAUAGAAAUCUAUAAAGUUUAUCAUUAAAUGAAGUUAAAUGUUCUUUUUAUAUUAAAGGAUUAACUAAAAAUAAAUAAAAUACGUUUUUUUCUGCACAGGUUUCAGCCAAAAAAAAUAAUUAAUAGUUUAAUGGCUUGCACCAAGUCCGAUUAGAUUUUGUAUUUUAUCAUAUCGAAUAUAUGUUACGCAGUGAACGUUUUAGGAACCACUGGUUAUACAUUUUCCUAUUUCUGUGUCAUUUACUAUUAUUAAAAUAAUAAAAUCGAGAUGUGGUAAAUCCUUUGUACCAUGUUAUAUCUUUUUUAUUGCUCCAUUUGAGAAAUUGAUAUCGUACGCAAUUACAAU